UGGCUGCGCCCCUUGUGUCGCAGGAAUCAAAUUUGCUCAAAUGAAUUUAGUAAAUCCAGGUGACUAGUUGUAUUAUUCGUAUUCCUUGCCGUUCAUCGAUGUUUUUAGUUUCAUGUCAUACAUCAAAUACCUCUUAUCAUACAAUAUGAGUUUACUUAGAAUUUGCGGCGCACUAUGUCCGCUUCGGCCGCUCACUAUCCACCCUAAAAAUGCGUUGCUGCGGUCAAUGUUUCCACUGGGCGGCGUGUCGGUCCGGAUCGCCCACGUGUGUGUUGCCGGACUGGGGAGACGUGUUUUCGCACACCGCGGCCUGUGUAGCUCCACUCAGCCGACGAGAGACGUCACACUGUUCCAACACGACAGGACGAGCUUCUUCCGCCUCCUCGCUGUCUUCUGCGGGGGCCAGUUUGUCUUCUGGACGUACCUGGCUCACUUCGCCUACACCGGCCUCAGAGACACGGGGACAGCUCGGGAGCAGGAGAAAAGGAAAGCUCCCACCAGCACUGUCUUGGCUGGCAUGUGGAGUUUCGAUAUGAACCUGGGGUCCAACACCUGGAGGUACGGCUUCACGCUGGGAUGUGUGACAAUAGGAGUGGGCAUACUGGGACUGGGAGUUCUGUUUUGUCGGCGCUCUGUCAGUCAGGUGGUUUUACACCAAGGUGGAAGGAUGGUGUCGGUUAUCACACAGUCACCUCUGGGAAAGGGCCAUGGCUGGAGACUAACGACCCCGUUGUCCCAGGUUGCCUGUCAUGCCCACAGACAGGAGUCCCCCUCCUUCAUCCCCCUCAAAAUCAAGGGACACAAGUUCUACUUUCUGCUGGACAAAGAGGGUACUAUGAACAAUGCUAAGCUUUUUGAUGUAACUGUUGGGGCAUACCGUCCUCUUUAAAUUGAAAUUUGGUUAGAUUAAUCCCAGGUGAUGUAAAAAUGAAAAAUAAACAAUGUACUGCAUUUCCUUAUGUAGUGGAUGGGAGUCUUCAUUUC